GGUGUUGCGCUUCCCAACGAAGCCCGACCGGAAAUGCCCGAGCGGUUCCGGAGAUUGCCGAAGGGCCGGCCCAGGCUGCGUGAGGGGGAGCGACGACGGCUUGAGGCGGCGGGAGGCGAUGAAGAGCGGCCGGGCCCGGAGUUGCUGAGGCGGCCGGGAAGGGGACGCCGAGCGCCAUGGCGGCCAAUAUGUACCGGGUGGGCGAUUAUGUCUAUUUUGAGAACUCCUCCAGCAAUCCCUACCUCGUCCGUCGCAUCGAGGAGCUCAACAAGACGGCCAAUGGCAACGUGGAGGCGAAAGUGGUCUGCCUCUUCCGACGGAGGGACAUCUCCAGCAGCCUCAACAGCCUGGCUGACAGCAACGCUCGAGAAUUUGAAGAGGAGUCGAAGCAGCCGUCCGUUUCGGAGCAACAGCGGCACCAGCUGAAACAUCGCGAGCUCUUCUUGUCCCGUCAGUUCGAGUCCCUGCCCGCCACCCACAUACGGGGGAAGUGCAGCGUUACCCUCCUCAACGAAACGGAUAUCCUCAGCCAGUACUUGGACAAAGAGGACUGUUUUUUCUACUCGCUGGUUUUUGACCCCGUUCAGAAGACCCUCUUGGCCGACCAAGGGGAGAUCCGGGUGGGCUGCAAGUACCAGGCGGAGAUCCCCGAGCGACUCGCGGAAGGGGAAUCCGACAACCGGAACCAGCAGAAGAUGGAGAUGAAGGUGUGGGAUCCGGACAACCCCCUGACCGACCGGCAGAUCGACCAGUUCCUCGUGGUGGCUCGGGCGGUGGGCACCUUUGCGCGAGCCCUCGACUGCAGCAGCUCCAUCCGUCAACCCAGCCUUCACAUGAGCGCGGCGGCGGCUUCUCGGGACAUCACGCUGUUCCACGCAAUGGAUACCCUGCAGCGUAACGGCUACGACCUAGCCAAGGCGAUGUCCACUUUGGUGCCCCAGGGUGGGCCCGUGCUAUGCCGGGACGAGAUGGAGGAGUGGUCGGCAUCGGAAGCCAUGCUGUUUGAGGAGGCCCUGGAGAAAUACGGCAAGGACUUCAACGACAUUCGGCAGGACUUUCUCCCUUGGAAGUCCCUGGCCAGCAUCGUCCAGUUCUACUACAUGUGGAAAACCACAGACCGAUACAUCCAGCAGAAAAGGUUAAAAGCAGCGGAAGCCGACAGCAAAUUGAAGCAAGUGUACAUCCCAACCUAUACAAAACCGAAUCCGAACCAAAUCAUCUCAGUGGGCUCCAAGCCCGGAAUGAACGGCGCCGGCUUCCAGAAAGGUCUCACCUGCGAGAGUUGCCACACCACCCAGUCUGCCCAGUGGUACGCCUGGGGCCCCCCUAAUAUGCAGUGCCGGCUCUGCGCCUCGUGCUGGAUCUACUGGAAGAAAUACGGGGGCCUGAAGACGCCGACGCAGCUCGAGGGAGCUGCCCGUAGCAUCACAGAGCCCCACUCUCGGGGCCACACGUCUCGGCCAGAAGCCCAGAGCCUUUCGCCGUACACCACCAGCGCCAACCGGGCCAAGUUGCUGGCGAAAAACCGCCAGACCUUCCUUCUGCAGACCACCAAACUGACUCGCAUCGCCCGGCGCAUGUGCCGGGAUAUCUUGCAGCCGCGGCGGGCCGCCCGGCGCCCUUACGCGCCCAUCAACUCCAACGCCAUCAAGGCUGAGUGCUCGAUCCGGCUUCCCAAGGCGGCCAAGACGCCCCUGAAGAUCCACCCUUCGGCCCGUCUUCCUCUGGCGACCAUUAUCAAGGAGCUGGCCGCUCAGGCACCCCUGAAACCCCGAACUCCUCGGGGCACCAAGACGCCCAUCAACAGGAAUCAGCUGACCCAGAACCGAGGUUUGGCUGGCAUCGUGGGCAAGCGGACUUUCGAGAACCUCUGUGUGCGACCGGGCGCAGGUGGCAGGGGGCGGGCUCCCCUUCUCGGCCAAUGGGCGGCCCCUAACGUCCGGCAUGAGGUCAAGCAGUCAGCCUGCCCUGAAACGUCAGAAGCUGAACCCGGCCGACGCCCCCAAUCCCGUCGUUUUUGUGGCGACCAAGGACACCAGAGCCCUGCGCAAGGCCCUGAGCCACCUGGAGAUGCGCCGGGCUGCCCGCCGUCCCAACCUGCCGGUGAAGGUGAAGUCGGUCCUGCCCCUCCGGCCCCUGGGGGCUCCCCUGUUGCCCGCCCCCGCAGUCCAUCCUGCCAGCACCAGCGAGCCCAUCGUCCUGGAAGACUGAGUGCCGAGCUCCUCCCUCAGCCCCUCUAGCAACCCGCUCGCCACCUCGCUCAGCAGCCCCGCUACGAUCCACGACGCCCGAGGGCCCUUCCGAGACUCCCUUCGCCGAGCCGUCGCUGGCUUAACGGGCCGGGAGUGGGGGGGGGAGGGGGUGCGGCGGGGGGGUGGCGGGCGCGCCUGCCCUCUUCCCCAGGUUGGGUCCUCUCUUUUUUAUAUAUAAAUAUAUUUUUAAUUUCCACAUUUUACAUUUGUACUUCUCUCCUCCCCUUCCCUUCCCUUCCCUUCCCCUCCCGGCUGAUCCGAAUGCACAAAAGUUGCCUGGAUCCGUAUUUUUUUUAUUUUUUAGGGGCGCCCUCGUUUUUUGUUUUUUUUUAGUUUUUUCCGCCUUCCUCCUCGUUUAGGGACGGGGUGAGGAGGCGGACGCUAGGAGAGGUGUGGGAUUGGGAGGAGGAGAAGGGGUCUCCCUUUUCAACCACUGGAUCGCUUCCCCCCCCCCCCUCUUUCUUUCUCUGUGUCGGUUGUCCUUCUCGGAUCCCCUAAAAUCUGUCCCUCCCAAAAAACCCUCCUCUUCCCCAAUUUGGGAACAAGGAGCCUUGGCGAUUCCUUGUUAACGUGGCCAUCUUAUAAAUCCCCCCCCCCCCCCCCUUUCCCCUCUUUCCCCCCCCCUUCUUUGACGAAUUCCCUUUUUUUUGUACAUGGUUUGGAGAGCAAAAAAAAAAAAAGUCAGGUUUUUUUAAAGUCAGCCUCUGGUUCUUAUAACAAUGACAACAACAAAAAAAAGAAAUAAAUGCCGU